AUGACUCGUCAGACCUACAGUUUCAUUGUUCUGCCUAUCAUCAUGAUUUCUUUUGGACAGUUUGGAAAUAGCUCAUUUCUUGCUCAGCUUCAAAAUGAUAUAGACCAACUGAAAGCUGACUUUAACUCAAGUCAUGCAGAUGUAGCUGACGGUGGACCUAUUUUUACUGAAAAACUGAAAAACUGGACAGAGAGAAAUGAAAAAAGGAUCAUCCUGAGCCAGAUCCUUUCCAUGUUCUUGGAAAUGCUUGAAAACACUGACAAGUCGAAGGCACAUGUCAGGCACAUAACUGAGGAGCUCUAUACUCUGAAAAACAGCCUUCCUGAUGGCUCAAAGAAGAUGAAGGACCUCAUGGACCUGGCAAAGCUUCAGAUGAGUGACUUGAAAAUUCAGCGCAAAGCUGUGAACGAGAUGUUCAGUGUCUUGCAAAAACUGGUGGAGACUCCAACUUCUCUCAAAAGGAAAAGGAGCCAGUGUCAGAGGUGCAGAUGCUAAUGACAUCAUAUGACCUUUUGUACUGAGUUAUUGUGCAAA